AUGAUGGGGAAUCGGGAGAGAAUCGCCAUCUGGCUCUGGGGCACAGAGCCCAAGGAUCGUGCUCUCCUUGCAAAGCUGGACUUGACACUGCUGCCGUAUUUCUCACUGAUCUGGUUUCUGUUUGGCGUUACACGCGCCAGCUACUCCUCGGCCUAUAUCAGUGGAAUGAAGGAGGCGCUCAACUUCCAAGGAAAAGAAUACAACUACAUGACCACGGCGUAUUUGGUUACUUAUGCUGUCUUUCAGAUGCCCGGGACAAGCCUACUCACUCUAGUCCGACCGAAAUAUGUCUUUGUCGCGGCAAAUGUGACAUGGAGUGUCCUGACGAUGGUCACAUUCCGGAUGACCAAGGCCUGGCAGGUUAUUCUGCUGAAUGCGAUUGAGGGAGGAUUCUCAGCUAUUGCAUAUGUUGGGGCAUUGUUUAUUCUCGGCUCCUGGUAUAAACGGACGGAGCUGGGCACGAGAAACGCGGUAUUCUGCGUCUUCGGUCAUCUGGGAUCGAUGGCUGGCGGCUGGAUUCAGGCAGGACUGCUGCAGAGUCUGGCAGGGAAGGGUGGCCUGCCUGCUUGGAUAUGGAUAUUCAUCAUUGUCUCGGUUAUGACUCUGCCAGUGGCACUUAUCUACGACCCUUCAUGCAGGCUGAUAUCCACAGGAUGGGUGUUUAUUCCAGACCUUCCAGCGCAUCGAGCUGCCUGGUAUCUGAAUGCCGAGGAAAAGGAGCAUGCUGCCACUCGCAUCAUUGCACCAACCAAGUACUCCUGGGAUCUGACUGUGUUUAAGCGCGUCCUCUGGAGCUGGCAAUUCUAUCUCCUUCCUUUCAUUUUCAUGCUGUACUCGCUUUGUGUACAAAGUCUCGGUAACAACGUGAUGGCGCUCUGGAUGGCGUCCAAAGGCUACACAACCGUGCAGCAAAACAACUACCCUACAGCAGUAUAUGCGACUGGAAUCGUAGGAACCGUGAUCUACGCCGUCAUAUCUGACAAGAUACGAUCACGCUGGGAAGUGUCCAUUGCCAUCGGAGUGACAUUCGUUAUCGGCUCUGCCAUCCUGGUAUCCGAUCCUCCAACAGCAGGCUACUUCUUCGCAUUCUACCUGCUUGGGACUACCUACGCCCCUCAAGCUGUGUGGUACAGCUGGCUUGCCGAUGUGACCAGCCAUGAUGUACAGCUACGAGCUAUUGCAACAGGAUUCAUGAAUUCGUUCGACUUUGCCUUUGUGACUUGGUGGCCUCUCAUAUUCUAUCCCGUUACUGAUGCGCCAAACUAUCGCAAAGGAUAUAUUGCCAGCCUAGUAACUGGGGCACUGACCUUGCCCUUCAUCGGAGUGAUCGCAUACCUGGAAAGGAGAGAUAUCGCGAAGGGCCUCAUUCGAAGACUUCCCGAAUCCCAUGUCUCAAGUCAGUCCGAGGAUCACCUACAGGGUCCGACCAAGGCCAGUGACCAAGAAGGACCGGUAACUCUGCGGUCGGAAGAGGUCGGGGUAUAG